AUGAAAGUGCUUUGCCUCCAUGGUCGAGGGACUAGUGGCUCUAUCUUCAGGUCCCAAACUUCCUCAUUCCGCGCCAAACUUCCCAACGACAUUCAAUUUGACUUUAUCGAUGGCCCAUUCGAGUGUGACGCCGCUCCAGGAGUAGAUAUCUUCUACAGUCCGCCAUACUACUCUUUUUGGCAAAAUGACGGGGUCGAGUCCAUCCGAGCCACCUACAACUGGCUGACAGAUCAUAUCGCCAAAAAUGGCCCCUACGAUCUCGCGCUCAUGUUCUCUCAAGGCUGCGCCCUGGGAUCUAGUGCUCUCCUAUUCCACCACGAAGAGACACCCCACCUCCCGCCGCCGUUCAAAGCGGCUAUUUUUGUGUGCGGGGGUGCAUCGUUGGGUGUUCUGGAGGAAAUGGGCUUCCAUGUUUCUGCCGAGGCGCGCAGACGUGAUCUUGCUUCCCGGUCUGCGUUGAAUCAACAGGCUCGCUCGUCGGCUCUCUUGACCCAAGGUGGGGAUCGGUGGAUUGGUCUCAAAACUCUAGACAGCGGGCUCUCGGAGGCCGAAUUGCGGAGUGAGAUUACAAGUCCUUACCACAUCAAUAUUCCCACGGUACAUAUUUACGGCUCGAAAGAUCCUCGCUGGGCGGCUGGUGUGCAUCUUUCUGGUAUUUGUGAACCAACGAAACGUCGUACCUAUGAUCAUGGUGGUGGGCAUGAAAUUCCUAGGACGGCUACGGUGAGUAACUCGAUCGCAGAACUUUUCCAGUGGGCUGUUGCACAGAGUCAAAUUUCAACGUGA